AGAGCUAUGUCGACCAAAAGUGGUUCGACAGCCUCUUCGGAGCAGAACACUGUACAGUACGCAAAUCCUUAUCUUGGUCAACAAUCAGCGAAUACAUCGAUGGCAUCGGAGAAAAGUGAAGGAUCUCGUCAACUUCACUAUCCAAGCGUUUGUGUCCAAGUGCCUCGAGCUCCUGCAUCACAAGUCUCAACACCUCCGAGUGGCGUUUCAUAUGCAAUUCCUUUCCCGAAACCGAUCCAGUACUCUGCUACUCAAUUGCACUAUGAGAACAUGAAACACCGUUGUAAAAUGCUGGACUCGGAAAACCAACGUUUGAUGCGAGUACAGAAUGAAUUGAUUACGGAUGCAAAUCGAAGGGUUGAGAUGCAUGUAAAUGAAAUCCGCAUGCUGAAAGAGGACAAUAAAAAGUUGGCGACUACGAAUAAGGAACUCCGAGAUCUGUGCUGUUAUCUCGAUGAUGAUCGCCAAAAGACACGUCGCUUAGCGCGAGAAUGGCAGAAAUUUGGCAGAUAUUCAAGUCAAGUCAUGAAACAGGAAAUGUCGAUUUAUCAGCAACGUCUUCGGGAAGCUGAAGAGCGUCAUAAUCAAGUUCUACGUGAAAAUGAAGAAUUGAAGCAAUUGUGUCUGUACCUGGAUGAACAGCGACAACGAUACGCCGCUUAUCAUGCUGAUGAUGAUAAAGAGAGCGAGGAUUUAGGAUGCGGUAGCAGUGAAAGAAGUGAAGAAUGCGAUGACUCCAAGGAUUUGUGCGACAACCCGUCUAUAAAUCAGCAAAAAGAACAUACCUUACGAAUGCUUUGUCAAAGAAUUGGCACACCAGCUGACACCAAUCAUCUGUCAUCAGUGGAUCAGACGGCAGAUGCCGAGCGCCUCGUUAAUUACAUCCAUUCAUUAGAGGGACGAAUAAAGCAGUUGGAACGAGCCAGCCAGCAGACUGGUCUAUGGCACUCUGCAUGCACGUUACUCUCAGAAAGUGAUGAAAAGACGAUCAUCGACAGAUGCGAUGAGCUGUGUAGCGAAGCGAUUUCGCAGAAAGUCGCACCAAACAAUCAUAAGGCUAUGCAAAUGUCCUCAUGCAGUACCAUGACCACUUCUGGAACAACAUAUGCAAGUUCUGAAACAGAUAUGGAAAGUGCCGUUUAUGUGAUGGGCGAUGAGAUUGAUGAAAUCGGAUCUUUGGAAGUACGAUCAUUGACAAGGAUAGAAGAAGAUGGUGAAGAUAAGGAGAAAUGUCUAGAUGAAGUCGAAGAGCAGAGUGCACAACUGCCGCCAGCAAUUGCGCCGCUUAGCGAAAGUCUUUUGAAUGUUGGACGCCUUUCACUGACCAGUUCGGAUCUUUCUCUGUCUUUGAAUGAAUCAACGGAGGAACCAUUACCUCGCUGUUCCUCAUCCUCAAACGGCGCGCUGCCGACGGCUGCUCGUGUGCCUCGAUUUUCCUGGAAGGGAGCACUCUUCCGAAAGUCACUGGGUGGAAUUGGACGAGAGAGUGCUGACUCUGGGAGAGCGUCGGCGGACCGCAAUCUUCCACUAUCAUGCACCAACGAUAGUCGAUGUGGAAUCACUGCUGUCUGAAGAAGCAUACAGAAAUAGUCAUGUUGAUAUGUAAAUAUUCAAAAAUUUCAUAGCAAUACUAGUUCUUCCUGAACAGAAUUUCUGGCUUUUCAACUCAAUGACCUCAUUACGCAUUGCCUUACAAGGUCUUUUGUUUUGUUGCAUGAAUUGAUAUGAUAAUAACAAAGUUUCUG